ACCAAGGAUGAACUAAUGCAAUUUACAGUUGAAGAAUUUACAGAAAAAUUUCGCGAAUUGCGGUUAUCCGUUUCAGAGAAGGAAGGGUUGAAGGCAGAUUUGGUCACUAGAUUAUAUGAUUGCUUGCAAGAAGAGGAAAAGCGAAUCCAUGAUAAACUAACGACAUGGAAAGUUAAAGACCUUAAAGAUGAACUUCGCAAAGUGGGGUUACCCGUUUCAGGGUUGAAGGCAGAUUUGGUCACCAGAUUACAACGUUACUAUGGAGGACAGGAUGGUGACAACAAUACCACAACAUGUGAGACAUUCCAGUCGUCAGCUCCGCUAUCAGCGCCACCUGCUCCGCCAUCAGCGCCACCUGCUCCGCCAUCAGCGCCACCUGCUCCGCCAUCAGCGCCACCUGCUCCGCCAUCAGCGCCACCUGCUCCGCAAACUUGCUCAGAAGGACACACAGUGGGGCACACUGGCCACUGCAUUAUUUGCGAGCAAAACCAGGAAUUCCAGGAGAGCUUGGCUCAACAGGAGGCAAUCGCUGCCGAGCCAGAGCAGCAAGCUCGAGUCUCCCGAGCACAACAAGAGACGGUGGCAAGACGCCCUACGUCCCCACUGGCACAGCUAGUACAAGAGUGUAACGCUAGGCUCAGUGGACGUGCCCUACUAUGUAUCAUGCGGGAUGCUGCUAUUGACAGCAUGCUUGAGGAACUCAAGCGGCUGGAUAGCGGCACCGGCUUCUCGGUGGUGUUUGUCUCCGAGGAAGGCCAAGAUGGUGGCGGCCUAAUGAGGGAGCUGAACAGUCUCAUCCUACAAGAAUGGAGGUCGUCUGUUCUCAGCAACAGUUCAGGGCGUGGAUUCUCAAUCGACGCAACCUCUCUGGAUGAGGGUGACUUCAGGACGCUAGGGCGCUACGUUGGCACGACCACUGCCCAGGGCACAGUUGGUUUGCCGGUAUUCUCAAGUCCUCUGGCGCGGUACAUCAUCACGUCAAGUCUGGGAGACGUCGAGCCCAGUCACUUCGAGACAAUCGAACAAACCGAGCUGGCAGAAAAGCUGAUGAACUGCUGCCUGCAAGAUGUCGAUGAGGUCAUUGAUCGACCGACAAUCGGCUGCUCCAAACCAAUAACGGCUCUCUCGGAGGCAGACCGGGCAAGAUGGGUGCGAGGGCUUUUCCGCCGUGAUGUUCUGUCACACCAGAUGAAUGCUGUCGUUGACUUUCAGGCCGGUCUUCAGCCAAUGCUGGACAUCUGGAAGUCAACCCCUGAGGCGGUGGAGGCGGCCAUACAAUUUCUGUCACGGGACAGCAUCCCGGACCUCACAGAAGCCGCCUUCUUGCAGCUCUUUGAGUUGAACAGUUGCGGGAAAGAGAGAUCCCAAUUGUACAAGGAUGAAAACGCGGCAUACUAUUGGUUUCAGUCGUUUCUCGAGGAUGUACAUCGCGGAUUGGCAACCUGCAAGACUGAAGCUCAACGGGAGGACUUCCAGCCUCCUGUAGAGGACAUCGCUAUCAGAGUUUCUGAUGUUCUGAUGUUCUUUACAGGAAGCACGACCGUGCCUCCCGGUGGCUUCAGUUCGGUCAUUAUGCUGCAUUUUGACCGAGAGUGUAAGUUGCCAAGAAUCAAUACUUGUGCACUAAACGCUACCAUGCCAUUAAACGCCAUAGCUACUCAUCGGAAGGGUAAAAAUAACUACUGUUAUUGGCUUCUUCCGGGGAGUGGCUUUGGAGCUAACUGAUUGUACUGAUUCUUGGCAACUUGAAACGGCUCAAACCAAGAAUCGUCUACAAAUCAACUCGUGCAAUAACCUAUUAUUCUAUGUACAGUCAUUGAAAAUUUUAAUAGCCCUGGCUAUAUUACUGUUAAAUUUUCACACUGGAAGCAACAUUGAAAAUACAUGGACAUCAGUACCGAUAGGGUAAAAUAAAUACAAAUUAGGGUUCGUGUAAAGUUCAAAAUCCUGCGUACACGUAUAGGCCAUUGGAAUUCAGUUGAGCGCUGUCGCUCCGCGGCACUUGUUAUAACAGUUAUUACAUUAUAUUCCAUGUCGUUUCAUGUUCAUUUUA